UUUCUUAUCACUCAAAAUUUUUGGACCUAAAUUAAUUUAAAAAGUUAUAAUUUUGUAGGUUUGACAGUUUUUUAUUCUGAUUAACUAUUCAUUUCUGAUAUUUCUUGCGUGCGUUAAUAUACGGAGAGUUGAUUCAUGUUUUUCCGCAUUUCGGAAGCUCUCUAUUUACAUCAUACUGUGUUCUGUAUGAGUCAUUGAAUUUUGCUCAAACUCAAGCUUUUGUUGAAGAAUUAUUGUGCAUGAUAUUUCAAAUCUAUCAAACAUGACUUCUGAAGAAAGGUUGAAGCAAAGUCUUUAUAAAUAUCAAAAUAUUGAUCAAACGUAUCGUGACAUAUUGAAAGUAAGAAAAACCUAUCAAGGGCUGAUUGCAAAAGAAGAACAAUUCGUUUUCUCAAACGGUUUGAAGAAGGAAUUAUUCAACUUGAGUGGAACUAUUCCAGUACCUUACAAAGGCAAAACGUAUCACAUUCCGGUAUGCUUGUGGUUAAUGGAUACUCAUCCUUUGCACGCUCCGAUAUGUUUUGUUAAACCUACGGCGGAUAUGUGUUUGAAGCCUUCUAUGUUUAUGGAUCACAGUGGCAAAGUGUAUUUACCUUAUUUGCAUAAUUGGAAUUCAAGUUCUUCAAAUCUAGUAGGACUGAUUGAAAUGAUGAUCAAAGCGUUCAGUGAUUGUCCACCUGUGUUUGCUAAACCGAAGCAUGAAACUACUACAUCAACUCCAUACCCAACUCAAGCUUACACAGGUUCCAGCCCUGCAACUGGAGUUACUCCUUACCCUUUGAAUUCAUCUUAUCCACCUUAUCCAACCGCUCAAACGAAUGUCUCCAGCGGAUACCAAAAUUUCGGAUACCCGCCUUAUCCUCCUCAGAAUAAUAUGUUCUCCGCGGCCACACCUAGUCCCGCACAUCCCUCAAAUUAUCCUCCUUAUCCUCCUUCUCCGGCAGUUUCAACACCUUAUCCGACUUCGACGGCUUCAAAUUUGCCAUAUUCGCCAUUCGCAUCGAACCAGUCUAAUUUAGUUACUUCCGCAUCUUCACCAAAUAGCACCGGUACAAUUACCGAAGAACAUAUUCGAGCUUCGUUGAUGUCCGCUAUCGAAGAUAAAAUCAGGAGAAAAGUUAACGAGCAGACGGUGCUAUGUCAAGACGAAGUUGAAAUUUUAUUACAAACUCAACGAGAAUUGAAUCAAGGAAAAAAUAAAUUAGAUACCAUGUUCGAUAAUUUAGAGAAAGAAAAGCAAAGCAUUGAGCAAAAAAUCCAAAUGCUGAAAGAUAAAGAAGUAGAAUUGGAAAAAACCAUCGAAAAAUUAUCAUCCGAAGAAGACGUAGACGUUGAUGACGCUGUAAUUACAACAACGCCGUUAUACAAACAAAUUUUAAAUACACAUUGCGAAGAUGCUGCUACUGAAGACACAAUUUAUUAUAUAGGAGAAGCACUGCGAAGAGGAGUGAUUGAUUUGGAUGUGUUCAUCAAACAAUUACGUGAUUUAUCUCGCAAAAGACUAAUGCUAAGAUCGUUAUUGGAAAAAUGCCGAAUGAAAGCUGGUCUAGCGGCGGCAUAAAUAAGCGAAACAUGGUCGAUUCAUACGUUUAUAUAAUUAUUUACCGUUUAAUUAAUUUACCGCAUGAUCAAAACGUCCAGGUUGACUUCUGUUAUGAAAUUUACAAAUUAUCGCGUAUAUAUAUUUUUUUUCAAGUAGACCACCGUUCGCGUUUCUAGUGCAUUUAUACGAGUAUGUAUCUACAUUUUCAUGAAAUGAACAGAAUUUUAUCGACGGUCAAUUUUAAAUAGAAAGAUUGCAGCGGUGUUCUCAUUUUUAUACUGAAUGUUUCGAAUGAUCUGCACUUCGCUCGCUGAAUUUUUAGUUAUAUUAUUCUGAAUACUUAUACAUUACAUGAGUCUUUCUUGUAUGGAUUUAUAUUGUUAUUACAUUUUUCAUAUUCUAUUAGUUCGUACGUGUACUAUUUUUAUCGGAUUGUAUACAACUUACGAAUUAAAAUAUUUAGCUGUAAAACAAGAAGUAUCAUUUAUUGGGAUCUGAUUUUUAUAAGGAUCGUGUUUUUUAAAAAUUAAGUACUUUACUUACUACUUAGUACCUACCUAUGUAGAUUCGUUCAAAAUUGAUUAUUUUCAAACAUCUCUGACUUGGGCUUUAUGAUAAAUUGAGGAGCUCAUUGCAAAAGUAGCCCUUGUCACAUGAACUUUUAGACACGUUUUACUCGAUUGCACCUAUUGCCAACAGCGGAGAUCAUGUUGUAAUGAUGAAAUGACCGUCAAGUUAGUCUACCCUGAGUAGCCCUGAGAGGAAUUGCUUUAUAGAGUUUACAUUCAUGAUACUGGGUACGCUCAAGGGAGAGCUUUGGAGAUUGCAUAGGUUCAUGUGACAAGGGCUACUUUUGCAAUGAGCUCCUCAAUUGAAAACUACUUUCAGAUUUUGUUCUCAGUUUAUCAGUCUCUUACUCAGGCUGAAAUGGAAAUAAAAUUUUAAAUAAUUAUUAAUGAAUAAAUUGAAUGUUAAUGGAAUCUAUGCCUGAAAGAACGUUUUGUUGAGGAAUAUUGUACUCGUAUGUAUUCUAAUGAAAUAAAAGCUCAUUUUCGAAAA